AUGUCUUAUUUCUAUUUCCCCUUUACUUGCCAAAAAAAGAUGGACUUCAAUACCCAAAACUCUAACAAAUCUGAGAUAAGGUGGAAUUCAGAUGAUCAAGGUGGUCAUGGACAAGUUAAAUCUUAUUCUUGUAACUUUUGCAAAAGAGGGUUCUCAAAUGCACAAGCACUAGGAGGCCACAUGAAUAUUCAUAGAAGAGAUAGAGCCAAGUUGAAGCAGUCUUGUGAAGAAAACUUGCUUUCCUUGGACAUCUCAAUCAAGACCACUAUUGAUCAUAAUGACCCUGUUAAUUUGGAAGAGAAAAUUUUGUUUGGUUUGGAUUCUGGUGAAGAGAAGCAUGCUAGGAAUCAUAAAAAGCCUUUCACUUUUCCUAACAAAGAUGAUCAUGCACACCAAAGGGCCAUGUUAGAAAUUCCUCAUAUUCCUUCAUUUGUUUUGGGGCAGAGGAUUGAAGAGAAGAAAGCUGAUUUAGACCUUGAGCUUAGGUUAGGAAUUGAGCCGCAGAAGUCACCAACAUUCAACACUCGAGCGUUCUUUUGA